GUCUAAUACAUAAAACUCAAUAUCAGAUUUCAAAAGAAUAAUAUUUUAUUCCUGAUAUAAUGUCAUUUAAAUAUAAACCACUGAAUAGACUCUGACUUUCAGAUGGACUGAUUGUUAAAAAUCAUUUCAUGUUGAAGUAAUUUUAUUGAUAGAAAAACCUAAGUAGAGCCCUGCAACUCAGUAAUAGAAAAAAAAAAAAAAAGCAGAGAUACAUUAAUUACUUUGGAUAAGAUUGCUUUUCACCCAGAAAGCCUAAGAUCUGUGACUGCUUUAAAAUAGUCACUAGAUUCUGGAUGGAGCAAAGUAGGAAUGGGCUAAAUUAAUGACCAAUCUGUAGAUUACAAGAAUGUUUCAUAGGCUAUACUAAAUUAUAUCUUAAACAGGAUGGCAAAAUUAUUUUACUGAAUCAAUAUAUGUCAACUUGUUUAAUCUUCAGUUUCCCUCAGUUCACACCUUUAAUAUUAAUUCUUUCUUCAUGCCUUUUUUCAGGAUCUGCCAAACUUAAUGAUCAGGGAAAGAAAAGUACACCAAGUAAAGGUGUGUGGUGAGCCAGACUUCAUCUGUACACAGACCACGUGGUCGAUGAACAUGACACCCUACUUCCUGUAUGGGGAGGAGUCACAUAGGAAGCCAGGAUCUGGUGUGGCCCAGAAUGUUACUCAAGACCAGCCAGUCAUAAUCAGUCAACUGGGAAAGGUAGCCACCCUUAACUGUCGGUAUGAAAUAAGUAGGAAUGUGCAUGACUACUGGAUUUUUUGGUACAAGCAGCUUCCCAGUGGAGAGAUGACUUACCUCAUUCGUCAGUAUUCAGAAGACAGGAAAGAAAGGGACGGCCUCUACUCUGUAAACUUCCAGAAAGAAUGUAAAUCCAUCAACCUCACUAUUUCAUUCUUAAAACUGGAACAUUCUGCAAAGUAUUUCUGUGCUCUCUGGGAACACACAGUGUUUGAAGUAAUAGGAAAAGCUGAACAAAAACCCCAGAGGUUAAUAAGAGAGAGUCCCUCUCCUGCAGGAUCCCAGCUGAAAUGCACACCUGCAGACCUCAGACAAGAAAUGGGUGGAAAGAUUUGGGAGAAUGGCAUUGAAACAUGUAAAAUAUCAUGUAUGAAACGAGUUGCCAGUGGUGUGGCAGAUUCCAAACACUAUAGACUACUUAGCCAGAUAGAUAUGCGCUGUGAUUCUUACUAUGCCACCUACCAUACGUGUGAUCUCAGGAUAAAUGGAGAGGAGAACUUUUCUAGCCUCAUUGCUGAUCCUGUGGCUUCAUCUCGGUCAUAA